AUGGGGGAUUUGGGAGGGUUGGAGGAGAAAAUUGGGCAGCUUGCACGCCUGGGACGGGCUCCCCGGCGCUGCUGGACGGGGUGCAGGGGAGCCCACCCUGCUGGGGGCGCUCUGGGGGGCAGCGGCCACAGCCUCAGCCUGGAGGCCAGCUCAGGGGUUCUGGUUCUUUAUUUCGAACCCGACGGCGCCGCCGGGGGGUGGGGCUUCCGCGCGCGCGUGGAGCCGAGGCCCCGCCCUUCCCCCAGCCUUGGCCCCGCCCCCCGGCCCUGCCCGCGGGGCUGCGGGGGCGGGGCCUGCGACCAGGCUCGGGGGGUCUGUGAGUGCCCCGAAGGUUUCGGGGGUCCCAACUGCUCCACCCCCCUGGGGCCGGGGAGCAUCGUGUGGGAGCAGCUGCUGGGGGACAGCCCCGAGGAGGAUUCCCCCGGGCGGUUCCUGCGGCGCCUGGGGCACAGCCUGGUGCGCGGCCCCAACGAGACCCUCUGGCUCUUCGGGGGGCUCAGCCUGGCCCAGGGACCUCUGGACAGCCUCUACAG